GUGAACUGCUUAGACUUUAUUACCCCAACAACAUUAUUUUAUUUAAAACAAACAAAAACGAAAAGACAAAAUAAAACUCUUCAAAUUUCGGGUUUUAAAGAUCGAUCAGUGUAUAUUCUCUUUCCUUUUUUCUUCUCCAUAUUUACCUUAGAGAAGAAAAAAGGGGUUUUGGGUUUGAGUUGUUAGGGGAUUGUUGGUGCUAUGGCUACUGCGGAAGCCCUUUAUGUGAUUCCUUCAGCUGUUCUGCGUAACCUUUCUGAUAAGCUCUAUGAGAAGCGCAAGAAUGCUGCUUUGGAGUUGGAAGGGAUUGUUAAGCAAUUGGCUGUAGCGGGUGAUCAUGACAAGAUUAUAGCGGUAAUCAAUUUGUUGACACAAGAAUAUACCUACUCGCCUCAAGCUAAUAACCGGAAAGGAGGGUUGAUCGGAUUGGCUGCCGCGACAGUUGGUUUGACCUCAGAAGCAGCACAGCACCUUGAGCAAAUUGUGCCAUCAGUCUUGAAUUCUUUCUCGGAUCAAGAUAGCAGAGUUCGAUAUUAUGCAUGUGAAGCUCUCUAUAACAUUGCAAAGGUUGUGCGAGGAGAUUUCAUUGUGUUCUUCAAUCAGAUUUUUGAUGCUUUAUGUAAGCUUUCAGCCGAUUCAGAUGCCAAUGUGCAGAGUGCUGCUCAUCUUUUAGAUAGGCUUGUCAAGGACAUUGUCACGUAUUGCGAUCAAUUUAGCAUUGAAGAAUUUAUUCCAUUAUUGAGAGAGAGAAUGAAUGUCCUCAACCCUUAUGUCCGCCAGUUUCUCGUCGGUUGGAUCACGGUUCUAGACAGUGUUCCAGAUAUUGAUAUGCUCGGGUUUCUUCCUGAUUUUCUUGAUGGAUUGUUUAAUAUGUUGAGUGAUUCCAGCCAUGAAAUACGGCAACAAGCUGAUUCUGCACUUUCAGAGUUUCUACAAGAGAUUAAGAACUCUCCAUCUGUAGAUUAUGGUCGCAUGGCUGAGAUACUGGUUCAAAGAUCAGGUUCACAGGAUGAAUUUACGCGGCUGACUGCUGUCACUUGGAUAAAUGAGUUUGUGAAACUGGGUGGAGACCAACUUGUCCCUUAUUAUGCUGACAUUCUGGGUGCAAUUUUGCCUUGUAUAUCUGAUAAAGAAGAGAAAAUAAGAGUCGUUGCACGUGAAACGAAUGAAGAACUUCGUGGAAUCAAGGCCGACCCAGCUGAGGGAUUUGAUGUAGGAGCAAUUCUCUCCAUUGUUAGGAGGCAGUUGUCAAAUGAACGGGAGGCAACACGUAUUGAAGCAUUACACUGGAUGUCAACCCUGCUAAAUAGACAUCGGUCAGAGGUCUUAGUUUUUCUGAAUGAUGUCCUCGACACUCUUUUGAAGGCACUCUCAGAUCCCUCCGACGAGGUAGUGCUUUUGGUGCUUGAGGUGCAUGCAUGCAUAGCUGAAGAUCCACAAUACUUCCGCCAGCUUGUUGUUUUCCUAGUUCACAACUUUCAGCUUGAUUACUCUCUCCUGGAGAAACGUGGAGCUUUAAUAGUUCGUCGGCUAUGUGUACUUCUGGAUGCUAAAAGAGUUUAUCUUGAACUGUCCACAAUACUUGAAGGGGAAUCAGAUUUGGAGUUUGCAUCUAUCAUGGUUCAGGCCUUAAAUUUGAUUUUACUUACUUCAUCCGAAUUGUCCCACCUCCGAAAUCUUCUUAAACAAUCAUUAAUCAAUGCUGCCGAGAAAGACUUAUUUCUUUCUUUGUAUGCAUCAUGGUGCCAUUCGCCGAUGGCAAUAAUAAGCCUUUGCCUGUUAGUUCAGGCAUAUCAGCAUGCAAGUUCUGUUAUUCAAUCUUUGGUCGAGGAAGACAUCAAUGUCAAGUUCUUAGUCCAACUAGACAAAUUGAUCCACCUUCUGGAGACCCCGACCUUUGCUUACCUCAGACUGCAGCUUCUUGAACCUGGAAGAUACAUAUGGUUGUUAAAAGCCUUGUAUGGUCUACUGAUGCUGCUACCCCAGCAAAGUGCAGCAUUUAAGAUUCUUCGUACUAGGUUGAAAACUGUGCCUUCAUACUCCUUUAAGAAAGAACAAUUAAGACGAACUUCAUCUGGGAGUCCUUAUUCUCAAAAUAAUCAUGGGGAAGGUGGAUCCCAUUUUCCCGAGGAUGGCAACCUGAAUGAAAGUUCUUAUGAUAUUCAUAAUGGAAUAAAUUUUUCUUCGAGACUGCAGCACUUUAUGCAGAUUCAGCAUCAACAUCGCUUGCAUUUAAAGUCACAGACACACUCAUGUUUUAGUUCUACUUCAUCAACGAAGGAGGCACAAAUACUGGAAGAAUCUGAGCAACCGGCUCCAGCAUCAGACUUGAAUAGACCUCCUUCAAGAUCAUCAUAUAGAGGCCCGGGAUAGUUGCAGCUUUGACAGUUUCUUCUGCUCCUCUGAUCAUAGAGCGACUUCAUUUAUUGUCUUGUGCUUCAACAAAAGCUUGGUUGAGCUCUGCCAUUAGUUGUAAAUUGUAUAUCCUGUUAGUUUAAUUUGUCGAAAGAUCAUGAGGGUUGGGCUGGAAGAGGGGAAUGAAUAUUAAUCUAAGCUUGGAUGUGGAUGGUAUUCAUUUUUCAAUGUGAAAAUAUAGUGGAGAAGUUUGCCCAUGUGGUUCUAUUGUUUUUGUUGAAUACCAUAUGGGCAAACAAGUACAUAUGAUUCAAUUAUGUGUAUCUUGCACUUGUAAAUGAUUUAUGCCUCGUCUUUUUCUGGGAUUUAUUAAUUGGACCUGCAAAUUCUUGAGCUACA